AUGGCCUCUUCAACCUCUGGCGAGAAUGCGAACAUUACGUUCGUCGACACUGUGGAGGGGAUCUCCCAGCUCGUAGAUGUACUCUACGAGCAACCCACGACGAAGCCCUCCAUCGCCGUUGACUUGGAGGGCGUCAAUCUUUCUCGAUACGGGACCAUUUCCAUCAUGCAGGUAUUUGUCGCCCCGACCAAGCACACUUUCCUGGUGGAUGUGCACACGCUUGGCGAGAAAGCGUUUUCAACAGCCGGAGGACGGGAGCGGACGCUCAAGGACUUGCUUGAGGACGAGGACAUCCCGAAGCUCUUCUUCGACGUACGCAUGGACUCGGACGCUCUGUUCAAUCUCUUCGAUGUUGCGCUGGGCGGCGUUGAGGACGUACAGCUCAGGGAGGUGGCCACUCGGGGGGAGGGCCGGAUGUUUGUCCACGGGCUGGUCAGGUGUAUCGAGCAACACUCCUCGAUGAGCUGGGACCAGAAGAAGACCUGGAAGGAGGUCAAGCAGCAGGGAAGGUCGCUUUUCGCUCCAGAGCUGGGAGGCAGCUACGAGGUGUUCAGCCAGCGCCCUUUCCCGGAGGCCCUCGUAAAGUACUGCACGCAAGACGUACAAUUCCUUCCUGAACUGUGGGAGAAGCUUGACCGCCGGAUGACCGGGUGCUGGCGCUCCAGGGUCAAGUCCGCCACUGACAAAAGGGUGGCACUGUCUCGAGACCCCCAAUUCAAGCACUCGGGGAGUGAUAUGGCCUAUGCACCUGAGGGUUGGGAGUAUAUCUAUGACGAGUACAACGAGUACGAUGAUACUGAGGAGGAGGAGGAGGAUGAGGAUGAGGAUGAGGGCGAGGAGGAGGAGGAGGAUGAGGAUGAGGAGAACGAGGAGGAGGAGGAGGAGGAGAAUGAGGAAGAGAAUGAGAAUGAGGAGGAGGAGGAGGAAGAGAACGAGGGCGAGGAAGAGAACGAGGGCGAGGAAGAGAAUGAGGACGAGGAUCGAUGUGAGGUCGAAGGCUGCAGGUACUGUCGCCUUGUGUUCUACGAAAACUAUGGUGUCGACUACGAGGAUGAGUGCGAAAACGUUGUCGAGAUCCACGUCGAGCCAGAGGACGCUGCUGAAGGCGAGAAUGUUGCCGAAGGCGAGGGCGAGGGCGAGGGCGAGGGAGUUGCAGAGGACAAAGUUGUCGAGGAGUUUGCCGAAGACGGUGACGAGAACGAGACUGAACGGUGA